GCUAAGCAGAUGGCCUCCCUGUCGUACCAGGCGGGAGAUGCUACGAGGGGUAAGUACUAUGCCGAUGUGGCGGCCAGCCUGGAGGCUGCCAGCAAGCCCACGGAGAUCAAUGUUCAUCAGCUGGUUCAACAGCAGCAUGCAGCAGUCCGUCGCCUGGAGAAGCAGCUCGAGGGUCAGCUCACUCGCUUGCUCAAAUGGAAGCAGGAGGCCGCAGAGCUGGAGGAGCUGGUUCGCCAGUCGCGGGACCAGCUUUGCAAGGCGGAUGAGGAGUACAAAGCAGCAGUGGAACGGCUUCGUGACUGCAGCGGUGCAGGGGCGACGGGUGCAGGCGCGGCGCCUGGGCCGUGCAGCGCCCCAGCCAUCCCGCUGCGGGGUAUCAUGGAGGGCAAGUUCGAUCUCACGAGUAUCAUCAAGUUUGACAUCAUGGAGGAGUUCGAAAGCAGCGAGUACGAUGUCACUGAGGGGGAUCGCAAGGAGUAUCAGACGAGGCUGGAGAAGUUGCAGAUAGGUGUGCAGGACCUGUCCAAGUCUCUGUUCGAGCAGCUCACCUCCACGGCUGCGGAGGAGACGAUGGCGAAGGACUUCCUGCUCAGGACGCUGACGACGCAGGCCGUGGCGCAGCCGCAGGGGGAGGAGAAGCUGCUGCGCCUUCUGAGCCAGGCGCCGCAUCUCAGCCUGCUGCGAGGCCUGUCGCAGCCGCCGCAGCCACUGACAUCCGAGCUCGG